AAAAAUUUACAAUUAUAUCCCCCGAAGAUAUGUCUAAUACCUACGAAAGAUAAUCGUGUUGAAGAAAUGUUAAUAACUGCAGACAGCAUUAAGGUGAACCUUCCGGAGCCGAAUCUCAAUGACGAAUGUAAAAAGUACAAUUUUAUUUUUAUAUAUAACAUCUCUGUGAGUUAUUUAAAAUGUUUAGACAAUGAUCUCAACAAAUUCGAGGAAUUUCAUGUCCAAACGUACGAACGGCAGUACGAAUUCCAAAAUUUGACGCAGUUGACAGAAUACACGUUAAAGCUGGCAUUGAGCAAUUUUUACAUCUACAAGAUAUCGAUGGAUUUGCAAUUCGGCCCAGAUGUAAAACUGAUAACUACGGGCAAGCUCUAUGCACCGGAUGAUGUAGUAGUUCAAGUUGUAAUGCCAAAUCUGGCGGUAAUUGAUUGGAUGCCACCGAAAAAAUUAAAUUGCGUGGAAGUGAAUUAUGUGGUAAAAUUGGUAGAAUAUCCACAUAACACUCAAGAAAAUCAAAAUUCGGUUCGCUUCAUAAAAGUCUUUAAUAAGCUAGAACGUAAGACAAAUGGCAAGUUUUUCGCGGUAAUUCCGUCACUGAUACCAAAGCAAAAAUACGAGAUAUACGUGAGUGUGUAUCCAAUCAUUCGGACAGAUGUCGUCACUGACAGUGUAAUAAAAACAGUCUACAUGUCCGAACCAAAUAAUUUAAGUUUGAAUGGGAUCGAUACAAACAGUAUGAAUAUCUCGUGGAUUCCAAGCGUUAAUCUGACGAUUCCUACUGAAUUCCUUAUACUAGAAUACAAAAAUGCUGCGUCACGAAAGAGGAUAUGGGAAAUUGCGAAUAAUAUUAAGGGGAAUAAUGAUAAAAUAACAUAUCACAUAGAAAAUUUAUUGCCGCAAACUAAGUACAAAUUUCGUUUGAACUUAAAAUAUACUGAAUAUAAAAAAAAUUUCACAUGGCCGUCUGAUGGAAAAGAAUUUAUUUUUGAAACGCUCGGUGAUGCAAGAAAGAUUCCUAGCGCAACUGGGACAGCUAUGCAAUAUUAUCUGCCAUUAAUAUUAUGUCUUAUUGUAAUCAUUGUAAUAUACAAUGUUUACUACUUUUAUUGUACAUACAGGCAACGCAAAAGAAGUAACGAAAUAGUUUCGCCUCCAAUAAUGAUCAAUACGGAAUUAGUACCUUUAAAUGAAAUAUCUUUCGGGUGCACUCAACUAAAUUUGCUGAACCCUCCUAGAUUGCAAUAUAAUUCAGACGAAUUUGCGUUGACCAUAAUCGAAAAAAAUCAAAUUAUCCAAACAAAGUUUUUAGGUAGCGGCGCAUUUGGUAGUGUAUAUCAAGGAAUCAUAAAAAAUUUUGAAGGGUUGGACACAACACCAGUUGCGAUAAAAAUGCUGAAAAGACAAGCUUCUUCGAAAGAAAAAAAGGAAUUCUUGAAAGAGGCUAAACUUAUGAGCCACAUUCGACAUAAAAAUGUGAUAAGAAUAUUAGGCAUUUGUUUGAACACGAAUUCACCGUUACUUAUAUUGGAAUUAAUAGAACCUGGUGACUUAUUGAAUUAUUUAAGAAAUAAUGGAACAUUGCAAUCGUCAGAUUCGUGCGCGUUGCGUCUGAAAGACUUGCUCGCCAUGUGCGAAGAUGUUGCUCGAGGCUGUUGUUACUUAGAAAGGCAGCAAUUUGUGCAUAGAGAUCUCGCGUGUCGAAAUUGCUUAAUAUCCGUAAAAAAUCAUGAAAACCGUAUUGUGAAAAUCGGCGACUUUGGACUAGCCAGAGAUAUUUACAAGGAUCACUAUUACCGUAUGAAAGGAGACCACCCGCUUCCUGUUCGCUGGAUGGCACCGGAAUCUUUAGUGUUUGGAAUAUUUACUUCACAAAGCGAUGUUUGGGCUUUCGGAGUACUAAUGUGGGAAAUUAUGUCAUUGGGUGAACAUCCUUAUCCUGGCAAAAAUUAUUCCGAAGUUAUAGAAUAUGUGCGUGAGGGAGGCAAACUGCCAAAACCUCUCAACUGUCCACCGAUGUUGUAUCAGUUGAUGCUACAUUGUUGGAAAUCUGUAAUCGGUAGACCAAACUUUACAAAUUGUCUCAAAUAUAUCAAAAUCUUAAGAGAUAACAUAGAAGAUUCGAUACUUAUAAUAAGUUCGUUGGAUAUUUUUGGACAUGGAGAGACGAAUCAAUCGUAAUUCUUUUUAUGGGUAUAUAUUUUUGUAUAGAGUAAUGAAUUUUUGCGAUUCUAGAUAAUAUCUAUUAAGAAAUAUUGCUUUUAUUUACUUUUGCAUACAUUUUAUAACAUAGUGAAUGUUACAUUUAAUCCUUUUUUUAUUAAUAUUACAAUUCAAGUUAUGAUCUUAUUUACAAUAUGUAGAAAUUUUACUAUGUUUAAUAAAUUUUUUUAACUCACAGUUAUAUACAAUACUGCAAUCAAG